UUGUAUAUCUCUCACUCCAACUCAAGAACCAUGUCUAGAGCCAACAUCCUCUUCUUUACUCUCCUCCUUGUUCUCUUCUUUACGAUGUCAUCUGAGGCACGUUCGUUGCCUGCUCUAUCACAUGUCACCACCUCCUCCACUACAGUCGCCACAAACACUCAAACUAAGGGAGUUGAUGAAGAAAGUUGUGAAGGAGUUGAGAAAGAAGCAUGCUUGAUGAGAAGGAUGCUUGAUGCUCAUCUUGACUAUAUCUAUACUCAAGAUAAAAACCCUUAAAGAGAGUCGAUUAUGUAUGUCACGGUUUUUAUAUCGUUAACUUUGUGAUACCUUUUGUGGUGUUUAGACACCCUUGAAUAGCAUGUAGUUUGUGUACAUUAAAAUCCAUACUAUAUGAGUCGACGAG